UAAAUACAUACUUAAGAGACAUAGGUCAUUUAUUUAGUUUGAUAAAAUGUAGUUACCGAUAAACUAUGUUCGGGUUAUUUAUAACAACAUGUUUACGUUGAAAUUUUGGUGCUAGCCAACGGGCUCAUUCAAGUUUUGUACGCGAUCACCCCGCGACAAAAAUACGAGUUACGCGCGGAAUUUAAUGAGUUCGUUUUAUGUGUAAAAUAUAAUUAGUUACAAAAGUUUUUACUGAGAAAAUUGUUUACGCACCUAGAAUUUUAUUAGGGACUUGUUUACUUUUGACAGGGUCGAGUAUAAAAAGACUGGAGCUAUUUAUUUUCCAACCAUUAGAUGAGGGAACAUCUACGGAGUGUUAUAUUUAUUUAAGUUUCCCUGAGGUUCUUCACAGUGAUAAAUCGCGUACCUACCAACAAGAUGCAAGGCAAAUACUUUCUUGUAGUGCUAAUGAUAUCGCUGAACCACCACAUUGCUUCAUCGCACAUCUUAACAUCAGCGUACAUGGACAUGUCUCUACCAACUUGUAUGAGAAUCCUAACGUACACUGUGAUGAACGAUUUGUGCCCCACAUACGGAGCCUAUGGCGACUACUCUUCCGAAGAAGUCAACAUGCAGCCAAUCCCGAAAGAACUGACAUUAAGACAAUGGGAGCAUAGAGAAAGCGUCAUCAAAAAGUGCUGUACGAAGCCUUGUUCCUUGCCAGAACUAUUGUCGGCUUGCUAAUGCAUUCGAUCUAUUUAGUUACAAAAUACCGCGAUUAUCACGAUCUAGGUUAAUAUUAAAUUAUUUUAUGUUUGAUGUUUAAGGACUAGUAAGUAGGCUAGAGAAAACUUUCAAUGUUGAACUUGCCAAUCUUCUCAAAGGCUGAAUGGUUAAUUUUCUAUUGAGAAGUAGAUAUCAGUCACACUGUAUGAAAAUAGGUUCCUCUAGAAAUUUCAGCAGAGGUCGCCACUAAUAGUUUGCAAUUAUUAUGCAAAGGACACCCAGAUGUUUGUGCUAUAAUUUUGUUUGAUAAAAAUGCAUAAAAUUCUGAAUGAAAUCCCUGGGAAAACUUGAUACGAAGUCUUAGAUAGAAUAGUGUAUUAAAAUAAGCUUUAUUUAAUGUUUCUGACUUUUUUAAUAGGUUAUUUACCCGUGACAACGCUGCUUUAAAUCACAUUGCCCACCAAUUUAAUAUUUAUUUUAAUUAGAAUAACUAGUUGCGUACCUAAUUUUCAAUUUUAGUUUGUAAGUUUUAAUUAAUAUGUUUAUUUUUAGUUUCAAUGACUGUUGUAAAUUAUAUUAUACUGAAAGAAUACUGUA